AUGUCACAGGCGCGACGCUUACAUGCGCAUCUGCUGCUGCUGCUGCUGCUGCAGCUGCCUUUCCAGGCUGCUGGUCGAACCUCACCGGUGUAUUUGCAGCAGAUACCUUGCCUUCCAGCUGCAGCAGCAGCAGCACCAGCUGGUGCAGCUGCUGCAGCUGGUGCAACACCUUCCGCGGGAUUUUUGUAUGGCAGCUGGCCUCUGCAGCAGCUGCACGAGCGCGCAGGGAAUAGGAGGGGCAGCAGCAGCAGCAACAGCAGCAGCAGCAGCAGCGGGAGUGGUGCUUUGCUGCUGCAGAUGGCCUCCAGCAAACCGAAGCAGCGGAUGCCUGGGACCCGGCAGCUGCAGCGGGUGCGGCAGCAGCAGUACGAAUUGCGUGUUGCGCUGCAGCAGAAGAACAGGUGCCUAUACACCCCGGUGCCCCCGCAGCAGCAGCAGCAGCAGCUGGAGCAGCGCUUCCCUCAGUCGCUGCAGCAAAUGCGGGUGCCGCUGAAGAAGAGGGGUAAACAAAGAAAGUGGCUGCUAGAGAAGCGCACGAAGCUGGCGUGGAGACAGGUGCUGCAGCACCAGCAGCAGAUUCCUCAACUGCUGCAGCAGCAAAAGGCGUUGCUGCUGCCGCCAGAACAAGAACAAGCUGUUAAUGCUGCAGCACGUGCGCAUGACAGAGCCAUUCACGACAGCGUGUGGUGUUCGUUCAUCGCCACCCGAGUAAUCCCCCGUCUUGCUCGGUUGGCGAAGCAGCAGGAGCAGGCGGCGCAGCAGCAGUUUGAAGCCUUGCAGCAGCAGGAGCUGCUGCUGCUGCAGCAGCAGAUGCAGGCGGAGGAGCAGCAGCGACACGAAGGCAGCUUGCUGCAACAUGUUCAGGGCAUCCAUACGCAUAAGAAAUUUGUGCUGCAGCGGAGUAGGGGCUUCUAUCUCCAGGAGCAGCAGCAGCUGCAUGCAUUGCUGGGCCUUCGUGUUCCUGUUGUAGCAGCAGCAGGACCAGCAGCAGAAGCAGCAGCAGCAGAAGCAGCAGCAAAAGCACGGACCCUUGCACAGCAAACAAGAGAGAUGGCCUCCAGCAAACCGAAGCAGCGGAUGCCUGGGACCCGGCAGCUGCAGCGGGUGCGGCAGCAGCAGUACGAAUUGCGUGUUGCGCUGCAGCAGAAGAACAGGUGCCUAUACACCCCGGUGCCCCCGCAGCAGCAGCAGCAGCAGCUGGAGCAGCGCUUCCCUCAGUCGCUGCAGCAAAUGCGGGUGCCGCUGAAGAAGAGGGGUAAACAAAGAAAGUGGCUGCUAGAGAAGCGCACGAAGCUGGCGUGGAGACAGGUGCUGCAGCACCAGCAGCAGAUUCCUCAACUGCUGCAGCAGCAAAAGGCGUUGCUGCUGCCGCCAGAACAAGAACAAGCUGUUAAUGCUGCAGCACGUGCGCAUGACAGAGCCAUUCACGACAGCGUGUGGUGUUCGUUCAUCGCUACCCGAGUAAUCCCCCGUCUUGCUCGGUUGGCGAAGCAGCAGGAGCAGGCGGCGCAGCAGCAGUUUGAAGCCUUGCAGCAGCAGGAGCUGCUGCUGCUGCAGCAGCAGAUGCAGGCGGAGGAGCAGCAGCGACACGAAGGCAGCUUGCUGCAACAUGUUCAGGGCAUCCAUACGCAUAAGAAAUUUGUGCUGCAGCGGAGUAGGGGCUUCUAUCUCCAGGAGCAGCAGCAGCUGCAUGCAUUGCUGGGCCUUCGUGUUCCUGUUGUAGCAGCAGCAGGACCAGCAGCAGAAGCAGCAGCAGCAGAAGCAGCAGCAAAAGCACGGACCCUUGCACAGCAAACAAGAGAGUUCCUGGUGGACUUGCAGUUUGUCACUGAGCAGCAAGAGCUGCUGCUGCAGCAGCCGCCGCAGCACUACUGCGACUCCCUGCUGCAGCUGCAGCAGCAGGAACCAGAAGCCACCGAUGAUUUUACAGCAGCAGAGUGGCAGGAGCAGCAGCAGCAGCAGCAGCAAGAGCAACGGCAGCAGAGGGAAGCAGCACUGCAGGAUUUCCUCGCGAUGUCUUCGCCCGUCCGUUCUGAGCGCCUUGCUGCUGAUGUGCAGGCGUUUGCAGAGCUGCUUCAGAUGACUCCUCCGUCCGUCAGCAGGGAUGCUCGAGACCUUGUGGAGGCGUUGAAGGGACUCCACGAAGAACACUUCACGCGUAAGUGCAGCAACAGCAGCAGCAGCAGCAGCAACAGCAGCAGCAGCAGCAACAGCAGCAGCAGCAGCAACAGCAGCAGCAGCAGCAACAGAAACAGCAGGGCGGCCAUUGAUUCCUUAGCUCUCCUUUGGAGAGGACCUCGAGCCUCCGCGCCUCUAGCUGAUCAGCAGCAGCAGCAGCAACAGCAGCAGCAGCAGCAGCAACAGCAGCAGCAGCUGCUGCUGCCUUAUCACCAGCAGGUGUUUCUUGAGGAGUUAGACGGAGCUGACAUUCACUACCGCCAGGCCUUAGCAGAGCCCUUCCUCCGCGCCGUACACGAGAAGGCAGGCCCCAUUCUGGGGGCUAGGCCUUAUAGCUGA